AUGGUAGAACUAGACAUUAGCUACAACGGGGAUGUGGGCGAUGUCGAUGCUGAUCAUGAUAUAUUUUCCUCCAUAGCAAAACCCGGAAAUACCGAAAAUGAAGAUGAACAAAUGGAUGAAGAAGCAUUGUUAUCAUCACAGAAUGAUCUUGAUGAAGACGAUGCAAAAAUUAUUGGAGAUGAUUUAGAAAUGGAAAAUGAUUUAAUUGGUGUGGAAGACGAUGAUGAAGAUGAUCAAGAUGAUGAUGAAAAUAACCACAGUAACAAUAGUGACAGCGGAAAAUUGAUUAAUGACGAGUUUAAUCAUACAACAUCAUUACAACAUAGUGCUGAUGAAUUGAUUGAUGUUUCUCAAGAUGGUGAUAUUUCUGUAAAUAAUGCAAAUAACACUACUAAUUCAUCAUUAACUACUAUGGAAAAUGUACAUGAAACAAAUGAUCAAAUACAAGAUGUUGAUGUAGAAAUUGGAGAGCAGCAGAAUGGAGAAGAGGAAACAGUUGAGAUGGAAGAAAAAACAACUUUAGUACAAACAACAACUUCAAACACACAACAACAAACUGUUGAACAAAUAACAACAGCAUCUACAAAACCAGUGCCCAUACUACCUCCAGCACCACAGAAAUCAGAUGGUGACAAAGUUGCAACAUUACGACAUAUAUUUAGUGACGCUUGCUAUUUUCUUAUCAAAAGUAGUAAUGAAGAAAAUGUAUCAUUAGCAAAAGCAAAGGGUGUAUGGUCAACUCCACCAGCCAAUGAAGCUAAAUUAAAUCGUGCAUUCAAAGAACAUCGUAAUGUGAUAUUAAUCUAUAGUGUGGCUGAGAGUAAAGCAUUUCAAGGCUUCGCUCGUAUGUCGUGUGAAGCGAGGCAUGAUAGUCAACCAAUUAAUUGGGUGUUACCACCUGGUAUGAGUAAUAGAGCUUUCUCGGGAAUCAUUCGAAUUGAUUGGGUGACAAGACGAAGUUUACCAUUUGGUAAAACGUCACAUCUGUAUAAUUCAUGGAAUGAUAAUAAACCAGUUAAAAUUGGAAGGGAUGGUCAGGAAAUUGAACCACGUUGUGCUGAAUCAUUAUGUCGUCUAUUCCCAUCUGAUCCAAAUAUUGAUAUAUUAGGUAUAGCUCUAAAAGCGAAGAGAAAUAAGAAAACAGGUUCUAAAUCUAAAUCACGUACACCUCCACAAUCAAAAUUGACCACAACAACAAUCACAAUAAUAAAUGAUUUGUCCACAUCCUCAUCGUUUUCAACAUCUCCAAAAGCUAAUGCUAGUACAAUAAUCACCAGUCCAAUUACACCUCAAAAAUCUUCGUCAUCUCGUCGAAAAUCGUUAAAUUCUCCAGAACGAACAAAAUCUCCUAGUCCUCCAUCAUCAUCAUUAACUCGCAAAACAUCGUCGACAUCAAUUAAAAAUAGUUCGCGAACCAGUAAUAAUAAUAACCAUCAUCAUUCAUUAACGCGGCGUCCGUUAGGUGGUGCUACAACAAUUUAUUCACAUGAUAAUAAUAAUAAUAAUAAUAAUAAUAAUAAUAAUAGCAAUCAUCGACGUCCAGAUCAUAUUAAAAAAGACUAUCGUCCACAUUCACCACCAAACAAUAGUUAUCAACAACGUCAACAUUAUCCGACAACAACAUCAACUGGUGCUCGUAGACGUCCAUCUUCAAGAAGUCGUGAACGUACAAAAGAAGACAUACAAAGAAAACGUCGUCAUCGUUCAUCGUCUAUUCGUUCGCCUGAUCCAUCAAAUCGCAAACAUGUUCAACGUAGUCCACAUUCACAUCCUUGUCUGGAUCAAACAUCAUCGUCACACGAUUAUAUGAAACAUUUUAAUGUUUUAACAACACAUCCACAGUAUCCAGGAAUGCCAUCCGCUAUGUUUCCACCGACGGCUUAUCCAAUGGCAUACGAUCCAAUUGGUUAUGUCAGUCAAACAAGUUUAAAUCAUUUAACCUAUGAUCAUCGUAGCCAAACGCUUCCUCUCUCACAUCCCUCACAGAUGAACUCAUUUAUGAAUCAAGCAGCAGCUGCACAGGCAACAGCACAAUAUCUUCAGCAACAACCAAGACCUAAUUUAUUAUAUGAACAAGAGAUUGCAGAAUUUUUACGACAAACGUCCCAUUAUCGUUCAAAAGAUGGUAACAGUAACAGUGGUAGUCAUAAACGUCAUCAUAGUAGUCGUGAAAAACGUCCAAGAAAAUCACGAUCACCUCGACGACGUUAA